CAAUCAAGUGUCGGUUUCAAAGUCCAGGACGCCGCAGGACACGGGACUACGGAGCCGUCUGACUCGCUUGGCAGCCAUAUCCCUCCGCCAAGUGCCGAGGAGCCGGCAGGUGUUCGCCGGGACUCUUUACCUUCACCUGACCGCGGCGAGAUUAAACAAACUGUGUCACAAACGCAACCUAAAGGCAUCGGAGAGCUCGCAGACGAUCCCAGAGAAACACAGGGAGCUAAUUCUUUGGAGUCCGUCGAGACGCUGGAACGCGUUAACGAGCUCGCCGACGCUUCUCCAACAAAACCUCCUUCAGCUGAAACACUUGAGACCACAGAAGCGAGAGAGCUGCUCCCUGGAUUACACGCUCUCCCCGGAAACGGGGGCUCGGCGUGCGGCGUCCAGAGGAGCUGCACUCCGGUGGAAGGAGAGCGAGAGGAGGAACAGACUGACGCCUCCUCAGAACCUCCUGCCGCUCCGGUCGACGCCGGCCUAGUCGACUCCCUGCAGGUCGUUGAAGCAGAAACAUCUCAACCCUCAGACCUCGCAGAGACGCCGCCGCCGCCGACCGCCGAGCUCGUGGUGGUCGGAGAGGAGGCGCACGUCGGCGGAGGCUGGUCCGACGUGAGCCUGAACCCGAGUUACCUCCUGCAGCGAGGAGACGGCGGCGGCGUCCUCGACGAGCUCUCUGCUGGAGAACCGAAGCUUUACGAGGAAAGCGCUCGGGCGGACGCGGACGUGUACGAGUUCUGCGGCCUGGUUGAGGAGGUCGCCGAGGAAACGGUGUGCGCCAGCAGCAGCGUGCAGAUCGCUCACUCUCCCGGAUACGAGGUGAACUUAUUCGACGCGUUACUCGGACACUCGGAGGAAUACGCCGGCAAAGAAGAACCAGCUGUUCACGCAACUAAUGAAGGUGACACGGUUGUUGUUUCCCAGCAGCCCCUGCUUUCUCCACAGGCGUGCUCGAACAGUAAUUCCCAUAAUUCGCCCGUGCAGAACGCGAGGGCGGCUGCUGGACGGCAUCUGGCGUUCGAUGGAAACCGAGCCGUGGAAGCGGACGACACGAGUGCGGUUUGUUUGGUGGAAGUAGCUGCUGUUGCUGGAUCGUUGGCUGUUAAACGGACGGACGGCGCGGCGCUCGAACGCCACACGGAGGCGAACGAGUCUCCUGUAAGUCAGGCGCUUCCCCCAAAACAGGACGCAGAAGCAACAGCUGCUGCGGUAUCGCUCGUGUCCCCAGCGGGUAGCGGGGAGGACCCGGGGAUCGAGUCCACCGUUGUUUCAGUACGUCAGACCCCAGGAGUCGCUGUACGGAGUCCGGAGACCAAACCAGAGGCUUUCUGCGCCGCUCACUCCUCCGGGUUAAUAAAUCCAAAGCUGCUCCUCCUCAAACCGGGAGAAACUCGCGUCCUCAAACACCCUCCCUCCCUUUUGGCACCGGUGUCCAAGCAACAGAAUGCGUCCGGCGAGCUGGCCGAUGCCCACGGCUCUCGCUCUGGCACGGUGUCCGAGGAGUGCCUUCCCCCCUCUGUGUCAGCAGCAGACUCUCUGUGUGCUCAGCGCUCCGCCACUAAAACCUCCGUGACUCCUCCGCCUGCCGCAACCUCCACGAGCAAACCCGACAAAGAGGCCUUAACCGUUACCGAAACGUCAGCGAGUGAAGCGACGCCGAACGCCCUUCACGCGCUGGCGGCGUCGGUGGACGGCGAAGGUGCCGUCGCGACGCCCGCCGGCCGCGACGACCCCGACUCGCUGUACGCGGGGGACGAGAGCGAGGAGGCGGAGCAGGACGAACCCGCGGGGGAAACCGAGGCUCGGGAGGCGGCGUCGGGGCAGGUCAGCAGUCCGGAGGAAGGCAGCGACGAGGACGCCGACGACGACAAGACAGAAGGCGAGAUGACCAACGCCGGCUCGCCACAUAAGGUACGUCAGUGGAUAGCAGACAGGAUCACGGCGAACUCCUCUCCCGUCUCACCUUGCACCUCCUCCUCUUCUUACCCCGGCCCCUCGUCCGCCAGCGAUUGGUCCGCCGCACGACGGGAGAAGUCGUCACCUCUCCGGGGUCCUCACGGGAAGUUCGUUUCUCCUUCCUCUGUCGGCGGCUACGGUUCCUCCUCUUCGCCGCCCGAUCAGGCCGCUCCUCAGCGGCCGCGAGGAGAGCGUCACACAGACAUGGCAGAGCUGGCUAAACACGAAGCAGACAUCGAGCAUCGAACCCAGGCACUGAAGCGAGAGGGCUUCUGGUCCAUGAAGCGUCUGACCCGCCUGACAGAACCGCCGCGGCCUAAAGUUCACUGGGACUACUUGUGUGAGGAGAUGCAGUGGCUCUCCGCCGACUUCGCUCAAGAGAGGCGGUGGAAGAGAGGAGUGGCGAGAAAGGUGGUACGAAUGGUGAUGCGACACCACGAGGACCUGCGGCAGAAAGAAGAAAAAGCCAAGAGAGAUGAACACGCCAAGAUCAGAAGAGUCGCCUCUUCUAUUGCGAAGGAAGUCCGGGCUUUCUGGAGCAGUGUUGAGAAGGUGGUGCAGUACAAGCAGCAGUCCAGACUGGAGGAGAAGAGGAAGAAGGCUUUGGAUCUUCAGCUGGACUUCAUCGUUGGCCAGACAGAGAAAUACUCGGACCUCCUCAGCAAGUCACUCGCUCCCACCAGGCCGGCUGAAACCGUCCCUGUGACGCCCAAGAAAUCUCCGCCACCUCCCGUUGAUGAGGAUGACAGAGACUUUGAGCCUCCCUGUGAGGAGGAGGACGAUGAGGAGACCAUCGAGGUGGAGGAGCAACAGGAGGGCAAUGACGCCGAGAGCCACAGGAGGGAGAUUGAACUGCUGAAGGAGGAGGGCAUGCUGCCCCUGGACCAACUACUCAGCACCCUCAAACUGCCACAGGUACCUCCACAAACCCCACGGAGCUGGGAUUGUUGUCUGAAAAACAAUAAACUCCUGCGAGACGAGGAGGACACCAUAGAUGCCCAGGAGAAGGUAGAAGGAAAUGUAGACCACGCGGAGGAGCUGGAUGACUUAGCCAGAGAAGGCGAUAUGAGUGUUGAGGAGCUGCUGGAGAAGUACAAAGGAGCAUAUGCUUCAGACUUUGAGGCUCCUUCUGCAUCUGGCUCUAAAGCGAGCUCUGAUUCUGAGGUGUCUGGGGACGAGGAGGAGGAGACUGAAGAAGAUGAGAGCGAUGCUGAGAGCAACACUUCCUCCUCAGCUUCACCAGGGGACAGUGGGGAAGACGACGACAGUGAGAAAGACGAAGAGGAGAGCGCGGGAGAAGAUGGGGAAGAUGACUGUGGAGAUGAAGGGAUGGAGCUCUUGCUGAAGGAGGGAGACAACAGCCCGCCAUCCGCUAGCUCACGGCCGAAGAAAGAGAUCAGCCACAUUGCUGCUACUGCAGAGAGCCUGCAGCCUAAAGGUUACACUCUGGCUACUACAAAGGUCAAGACCCCCAUCCCAUUCCUGCUUCAUGGCACAUUACGAGAAUACCAGCACAUCGGACUCGACUGGCUGGUCACCAUGUACGAGAAAAAGCUAAAUGGCAUUCUGGCUGAUGAGAUGGGUCUGGGAAAAACCAUCCAGACCAUCGCUCUGCUCGCUCACCUCGCCUGUGAAAAGGGUAACUGGGGCCCGCACCUUAUCAUCGUCCCCACCAGUGUGAUGUUGAACUGGGAGAUGGAGCUGAAGCGCUGGUGUCCCGGGUUUAAAAUCCUCACCUACUUCGGCAGCCAAAAGGAGAGAAAGCUGAAGAGACAAGGCUGGACGAAGCCGAAUGCUUUCCACGUGUGCAUCACUUCGUACAAGUUGGUGCUGCAGGAUCACCAGGCCUUCCGGCGCAAGUCUUGGCGUUAUCUGAUCCUAGAUGAGGCGCAAAACAUCAAGAACUUCAAGUCCCAGCGCUGGCAGAGCCUGCUGAACUUCAACAGCCACCGGCGACUGCUGCUGACGGGAACCCCUCUCCAGAACAGCCUGAUGGAGCUGUGGUCUCUGAUGCACUUCCUCAUGCCCCACGUGUUCCAGUCCCACCGCGAGUUCAAAGAGUGGUUCUCCAACCCGCUGACGGGGAUGAUCGAGGGCAGUCAGGAGUACAAUGAAGGCCUGGUGAAGAGGCUCCACAAGGUUCUGAGGCCGUUCCUGCUCAGGAGGAUCAAGAUCGACGUGGAGAAGCAGAUGCCCAAGAAAUACGAGCAUGUGGUGCGCUGUCGCCUCUCCAAGAGACAGCGGUUUCUCUACGACGACUUCAUGGCACAGGCCUCGACCCGGGAAACGCUGGCCAGCGGUCACUUCAUGUCUGUGAUUAACAUCCUAAUGCAGCUCCGCAAAGUGUGCAACCACCCCAACCUGUUUGACCCUCGACCCAUCCAGUCUCCCUUCAUCACGCAGCCCAUUGUUUUCCAUACAGCCUCCCUGGUGCAGGACGCCCUGGAGGUCUCUCCUUUGAAGCGCUGCGACCUCUCUAUGUUUGACCUUGUUGGUUUGGAAAGCCGUGUGUCCCGGUACCAGGCGGAUGUAUUCCUGCAGCGCUACAAGGUCAGCCGCCAACUGAUCCGGGAGAUCGUGGAGUCCCCUGAACCCCCUCCGAGGCCCAAACCAGUCCGCAUGAAGGUCAACAGGAUGUUCCAGCCACCACCUAAAGGCGAUAACCGACCGGUCCUACUGAUGAACAAACCUACCUGCUCCGUGCCGCCUGCAGCACAGACCCCCAAACCUCCUGCAGUCACUGAAGUCACCUCGACUCCUGCGCCUGCUCCUGUAGUUCAACAAGUGGUGUGUUCAGUGGCAACCACGCCACCUCCUCGCCCGUCCAUGCAUCUCACUGCUCAAACUGCAGUGAGAUCCAGCGCUCCAAAGCCAGUGCUGACCGUACGGCCUCCCACUGUCUCCUGCACAGCCAGCAUCCCAGCUCACCCGAGUCCAAACGCCGGCAACAUCAUGCCCCAGAGGGUUCUGCUCAGUCCAGAUAUGCAGGCUCGGUUGCCUUCUGGUGAGGUGGUGAGCAUAGCCCAGCUGGCCUCCCUGGCAGGGCGACCCGUGUCCUCAUGUCAGGGCAGUAAACCCGUCACCUUCCAGCUUCAGGGCAACAAGCUCACGCUGUCUGGAGCCCAGAUCCACCAAGUCCCAGCAGCUCCUGCACGCCCAGUUCAAGGUAAUGUGAUGCACCUGGUGUCCAGCGGAGUGCAGCACCACCUCAUCAGUCAGCCUGCCCAGGUGGCUGUCCAGAGCGCAGCCAACGCUCAUCCUGCAAGCACCUCCGCUGCCCUCCCUGCAAAUCGUCUGCCUCACAAUGCCUCCUCGCAAGUGACCCCCUCUAUGGUGAGCAGUCCUGGCGUCGUGAAGAUCGUUGUGCGUCAGACAGCAGGCAAGGAGGGCGGGCCUGUGCCCACACUGGCAGUGGCCCCUUCCCCUCGUGUUGCUCCUCAGGCAUCCCCUUCCCCGCACCCUCACGUCAACACAACCCCUGUCAGAAACACUGCUCCACUGCAAAUUGCCCAGCGCACGCCUGGUCCCGCUACUGCACACUACACCAUAGCUCCUCCCGGAAACCCUAGCUCGACCCUGAACCAGCCCCACCCCCCUCGCCCCGUCCUCAAAGUAGUGCAGCCUCCUCCAGCAAGCACAGAGCAGCCAGCUCCAGGUCAGGUGGCCUCCUCGUCCUCUGCGUCCAAGUCUCCAGCAGCACCGCGUGACAGCAGCAGCGGUCAGACACCAGUUACCACGAAGUCGAGGCCCAGUACGGGGGCAAAAGCCUUCCCUCCACCCAGAAAAGUGCCUCGUCCACCUCCUCGCUCUCCUUUCUACGUGUCGUGGCUGGCAGAUAGCCACAAACAGCAGCGCGACAGCCGACUGGACUUCAUCAUCCGAGUCAACGAGAGCCACUGUGGGGCAAAGCCCGUGUAUGGCCGGGAGGUUUUGGACUUCCUGACUAUUCUCCCUGGUCCCCGUCCCUCGCCGGCCGCCCUGAGCUCUCAGGGGGAGUGGAGCCGCUCGGGCCAGAGCAGCUGUCUGUACGCACAGUGGCAAAACAAAUACGACUACUGGUUUCAGAGCCGCGCCGUGAGAGAGGCCAUCCACAGCAUCGAGGACAGGCUGGAGCUGCUCCGUGAAGUUGUAGACAGGUUUACAUUUGCGAUUCCCCCGGUGGAGGCUCCUCCAAUCUCCAUGCACUGCUGCCAUCCUCCUCCCUCACUGAGCCAUAAGCAGGCAGCCUUCUCCUCCAUGCUGUCAACUCAAGUCGCUCCUUUAACUCGCAGUCUCCAUCGUAUCCAGUGUAACAUGAGGACCCAGUUUCCAGACCUGAGGCUCAUACAGUAUGACUGCGGUAAGCUGCAGACUCUCCACACAUUGCUGCGAAAGCUGAAGACAGGAGGCCACAGAGUGUUGAUCUUCACUCAGAUGACGCGGAUGUUAGAUGUGCUGGAGCAGUUCCUCAACUACCACGGACACAUCUACCUCCGCCUGGACGGCAGCACCCGCGUGGAGCAGAGACAGGCUCUCAUGGAACGCUUCAAUGCCGAUCGGCGUAUUUUCUGCUUCAUUUUGUCAACUCGCAGCGGGGGUGUAGGGGUGAACCUGACUGGGGCCGAUACGGUCGUAUUCUACGACAGCGACUGGAACCCCACCAUGGACGCUCAGGCGCAGGACCGUUGCCACAGAAUCGGCCAGACCAGAGACGUCCACAUCUACAGGUUGAUCAGCGAGCGCACAGUGGAGGAGAAUAUUUUAAAGAAAGCCAAUCAGAAGAGGAUGCUGGGAGAUAUGGCUAUUGAAGGAGGAAACUUUACCACCGCCUUCUUCAAACAGCAAACCAUCCGAGAGCUGUUUGAUAUGAACGAGGGGGAGAAGAGAGAGGCGGCGGUGGAGCUGUCGGUGCCCCAAGUUGAGGAGGAGGAAGCUGUCAACAAGCAGAGCACCACCAUUCUGGAGCAGGCCCUGUGCCGUGCCGAGGACGAGGAGGACAUAGUGGCAGCCUCUCAGGCUAAAGCAGAGCAGGUGGCAGAACUGGCAGAGUUCAACGAGAACAUACCGCUGGACGACGGAGGGGAACAAGAGGAAGUGGAGGAGCUCUCCAAGGCCGAGCAGGAAAUAGCUGCUCUGGUGGAGCAGCUCACUCCCAUUGAACGCUACGCCAUGAACUUCCUGGAAGCCUCAUUAGAAGAUGUAUGCAAAGAAGAGUUGAAGCAGGCUGAGGAGCAGGUGGAGGCUGCCAGGAAAGGCCUGGACCAGGCCAAGGAGGAGGGCCUAAAGCUGCACGCUUCAUCUGACGAGGACGACGACGACUUUCUGUCACCACUGGCCUCCGUGGAGCCCGCUCAGCCAGCCCCAGCCCGCCGCGGCCGUAAACCCAAGGACAGGGAAAAGGAUAAGGACAAGAAUGUCACCUCUACAAGGACUAGUGGUCGGCUACGUGGGGCCUCACCCGAAACUGAGCCUGAGCCUACGACCCCUAAAGAAGUGCCUGAAAGACCCCGCUUUAGUCUGAGAGGACGAGGAGCUGCCAAAGACACCGGUGCUGUGUCUACCACCCCGUCCCGCACAGACCAUCACAAAACCUCCUCAUUAACCAGGCAAGAUUCCUCCAAAUCUUCAAAAGCCUCGUCUCCUGCCAGAGAUCACCAGACCACCAAAACCAGGACUUUACCAAACCGCUCCCACCCCAGUCCAGUGCCUUCCCCUCCUACAGCCUCUCCACCUGGAGGGAAACAACAGUGCGUUGUGGAGACUGACGGCAAGAACUCCAGAGCAGGCAGAGAGGAGAAAGAGGGGGAGAAUGAGAGGAGGAUGUCGGAGUCGUCACUAGAGUCCAGCUGCCCGGUGGACCAUCAAGCAAAAGACGAUGACGGCAAAGACCACAGCGCCAUGUCUCCCCCCUCCACCAGCUCCAGAUCGCCUCGCAAGCGACAGUCAGCAGAUGGUGAAGUCCUGCGGGGCCUGGUCGAAGACUCCCCGUCUGCCAAAGUCCUGCGGAAGCUUCCCGGGAGACUCGUCACGGUGGUGGAGGAGAAGGAGCCGAGAAGGAGGCGGCGGCGAGGAAGCGGCACUGGAGGUGGAGCUUCGUCAGAGGAGGCAACCGCGGAGGAGAACGCCGCCGGAUUCGUCGACGAACCAAACAAAGACAACACAUCGCCGACUCCUGACGGCAAAAGUAAAGUUACCAAAUCUCCUCAGGACCAAGACUCUGUUCCGAGUCCGUCUGUGCACCCGCAGCCCGUCAGAGGUUAUCCUCCUUAUUCCCCGCCCCAUCUUUCUCCCGACAUGCCCGUGCUGAGAAAUCUUCCUGUGCGGCGCCGGUUGGAAACUGAAUCUCGCAUGGCUGCUCAGCUGGGAGAGCAACAGCAGCAUCUGGGUAGAGGAAGAGGAGCAAACCAGGCCAAAAAGACAGACACACCACCAGGCAAGGACGCCUCGUCCACCUCUACAGAGUCCAGUGUGAAUUCUCUUGCGACACCUUUGAAAAGAAAGAGGGGCCGGCCCCCUAAGACUUCUCCUAGGUUACCUGAGCCUGACAACACAGUAACCCCUUCCCCGCAGCCCACCUCGCCGAGUGAGGAAGGGCACCCCCCUCUCUCCCCGAAACGUAAGCGGGGUCGUCCUCGCAAAGACUCCACAACCUUUCUAGAAACUGUGAGUGAAGGACAGAACUCUAAAAAUGAGACUACUGGUGUUUCUGGUGUAUUGAAAACUGAUACUACCACAGAGCCAACAGUCCCAUCUCCCCGCGAGUCGGAGACCGUCGCUGCUGCUGCUGUCACUACAAGUCAGGCCUCCGAGUCUACCAAAGCUGAGGAAACAGACAUUAAGACUCCAGAUCCACCCCGAACCUCCUCAACAGAUCAAACUUCCACACCCGUCUCGGCUUCGGUCCGAGCAGCCGCUGCACCUGCACCCCAGCAGACCGCACCGCUUCCUGUCGCUGCCUCCACAUCAGCCUCAGCACAGUUCAUCAGUUCAGCUCCAGCUACAGUUCAAAGCCGAGACGCAGCAUCAACCCAGGUUUCCUCUUCAUCCUCUGUUGCACUUUCCACGCCUGCCACCAUCCCAGUCACGACCACGACCCCACUGACACCUGCCAGCACCGUCACAUCGACUCUUCCAGCUGCAAGAGCAACACUUGUGGUUUCCACAGCUUCUACCGCUCCCGUAGAGCCAAAACCUUCAGUUUCUGUAAAUGUGAACACAACCGGACCAGACCCUGCCAAAACCACCGCAGCUGCCACAUCGGCUGCCACCGCUCCCUCCACUGCUUCGUCUUCUCCUACAGAUGUUCCAGCAUCAGUCCCUGCCACAACAGUCACAACAGCUUCUAAUGUAAUAUCACAGACGGUAAGUGUUACACCGGCACUCACCACCACCACCACAGUGAACCCGGCCCCAACUGGAACUACUGCUGUAAAGAACUUGCCCCUUUCGUCUACAACAUCUACCCCAGCUGCUGUAACGUCUGCUCCAGCUGCCACCCAGAAUGUUUCAGCUACAGCUUCAAACCCAACCUCAACACCAAUCCCCACUGCAGCAACAACAUUAACAGCAACAGCAGCAACAACAGCAACAACAGUAACAACAGCAACAACAGUACAAGUGAGUCCCUCAAACUCAAGUCCAAGCACAGUUGCCACUACAAGUCCAACUGUGUCUGACGGCGCUUCUACAACACCACCAACGGUCUCAUCAUCUGCUGCAAAUACAUCUUCUCCAAAUACAUCUUCUCCAGCCCAAACAAGGACUAAUGCGACGACCACCAAAGUCCCGACCAAACCAGACUCAACCUCAACACCACCAACGGCUCGAGCGGCCACACAGGCACCGCUAACAACUGUUUCGGUGGCUGAAUCCUCAGAAAAACCUCCUGCUGCACCUUCCCCGAUCACUUCUUCCCCAACUACAACAUCCGCCAGUGUUACUGCCACAGCCGAGGCAAAGACGGUUACAGUAAGUACAUCACCCGCAACAGAGGGAGUCCAAGUAACAACCCCUUCCAAAGAACACACAACUACCCCAGUAACGACUUCCACAGCUGCAGAAAAGACCCAACCCCCAGUAACGACGUCCACAGCUGCUACACCAGCUCAACUCCCAACCGUCGCCACAACUACAUCCCCUGAAAAGUCCUUUACAGAUGCGACCACAAACGUUGUAUCCACUCCCGUAGUCGCCCCUGUGUCAGUCGCAACAACCACAGCUGCCACGGUUCCUCCCGUGUCCACCACACAAACCUCUGCAGUCGUUUCCUCGCCGGUAGAAAGCUCUUCGUCCACAGAUGUUUCCCCAGAGGUGUCCACACCGGCCCAGACAGAGGCCCUGCCCCAGAUACCCACACCUGCUGCUGCUAGUGUUUCAUCAGAGCAGCAAUCUUUAGAGCCAACGCAGAAAGCCCCUAAAUGUGACCCGGACAGGGUGACGGAAACGGAGGAGGAAGCUGAGGAGGCUGAGGCGAGGACUAGCAAGGAGGACGACGACAAACAGCCAGACCUCUGUAAGCCUCAGCCGAAAAGGAGAAAGGUGGAGAGUUCCUCGGAGACCAAAGACUUGGAGUCGGGAAGGGAGGGAACGGGCGGAGAAACACCGUCUGCAACUGAUCAUCAGAGAGAAGACCCUAAGCAACAAGAGGAGGAGUUCACGGAAGAUCAGAAAACUCCAUGCCAGAAAAGACCUCUUAGUCGCCAGAGUAGCCAGGAGUCCACGCGCUCCUCUUCGCCGUCGUCCGGGUGCUCGACAUCAACCCUCACUCGUCACGCUCACCACAAGAGGACUUACGAAAACAGACUUCCUACCAAGAAGAGGCGAAUGGACGUCACCUCAGAAACGGGGAAGGAGGAGAAAAUGGAAGAGGAUGGGGAGAAUAUAGAGGAAGGCAGCGACAAGGAGCACGCCGCCGCUCCCUCUCGGAGAGGGCGCUCCAGGUCGACUUCCUCCUCCUCUUCGGACUCUGACGGCGAGAGCAGGAAGGAGCACCGGUUGACUCGCUCCGCCAAGCACCGGCUACAAGAUCAAGAGAGGGAAAAGGGCAACAGCCGGCAAGGGAAGAAACCUGCACACAGCUCGGAAACAAACGCAUCAAACAACGCCAACGCGUCCACAGGUGGAGAGUCUGGCAGUGACACAUCUUCUGUUAGGAUCACCAGGAAGUCUGCAGGAUCGCAGCCUCCGCAAGACGGCAAAGCUCAGACCAACAGCGCGCCCUCGUUGCCUCCUGAGCCCGAGGUUCUGGGGAAGAGGUACUCAGCACUCAACGCAGCAGCCAAACUCCUUGCGAUGAAAGGAAGGGUGGACACGCCUGGACACACCACUCGGAAAGACUCGGGGGCUAAAGCCGCCAGGACUUCCCCCGCCUCCUCUUCUGACAAGAACCAAAAACCUAAAAGCAAAAGUGUACCAGCCUCCCCUCAGAGUAACUCUGUAACUCUCACUAAUAAUAAAAGCAGCAGCAGCAAACCCUCAACGCCCAAUCAGACGAGCCGCUCGGCUUCCCGCUCCACCAGGCAGCGCCCUGGUUCUCUGGUUCCCCCCCUGGAGGUGGAGUACAAGAGGUCUAAAGCAGAGGAGAAGGAGAGGGGGAGUAGGAAGUCUUCAGGGGCGAAGGAAGGCGAGGCAGAGGCGCAGUCUUCGUCCCGGGGCCACAGUGCGUGCAGCAGCAUGAGCAGCGACGGCGAGGGCGAAGGCGAGGGCGGCGGACGCAGCAGCAGAAGCCGCAGCAGCAGCAACAGCAGCCAGCGCACUCACAGCAUCAGCUCCCAGAACACGGAGCACAGAGGGUCCCGCGCCACCUCCUCCGGCAGCGAGCGCAGCUCCGAGCGGAGUAGAGACAAAAAAGAGAGGCAGCGACGGGAGAGUCGGCACGACAGCAGGAGGUCUCAAAGGAUCUCGCAGGAGGUGACCAGCAGUUCGGGAACGGAGGGGACGCCGGACAGGGUGCUGCGGAGCGUCGCGGCGCUCGCAGCGGUGCAGGCCCGGUCCCCGGCCGCGAGCACCCGCUCCUCUUCUGGUCAACAUCGUCACAACAAGACAUGAUCGGCGUGCCAAAGGGAAAAAAAAAAAACGGAAGCGAGAGUGUUGUCACGAUGUCAUGACCUCCAAGGUUGCUGCUUUGUCUGCACUCUGAUGAAUGAAGGGAACUGCGUGCAGAUCCAGGGACCUCCCCUGUCUCUUGGGCCCUCUCCCUUUCCAAUUGGAGCUGGUCCCCUCAACCAGCUCAGCCAUUGUCAGCUGGGGGAAGGCUCAGGGACGCCGGACUGAGAGUAUAAAAAAUGUGGCGCCAUCAUGGUGCGUCCGUAACAGACAGAAGAUGGUACAGUGGUUAAAAUUCACCACUGGGACUUGAAGGGGGGGGGACAAAAAGGUGCAAGAGGUAAUAAAGGAAAGUUGUUAGUUCACAUUAUGUACUGUAAUCAUUAAAGACUGGAACACUCAGAUCUUAUGUGUUAAGAUGGGAUUAUACAGCACCCUCUUAUUAGGGUUAUAAAUGAAGUCAUUUGUGUGACAUUAAAAACUUUUUGAGUGACCAGUUGUAUUGUAAGUUGGAGGUUUUAGAAAGUUUGGUUUUGAAAAAUUUCGUCAGCUGUCCUGACUAUUGUUUCUUUGUAGUCAGUUGAUAAGUUAUGCAUAUUUUAUUAUUUCUUCCAGGGUAUUAGGAAGAGAACCGAUCUGUCAAUGUGAUCUUUGCUGCACUAUGCUGGAGCUUGUCUUUUGCUUGGGCCCCUUUAUUUUUUUUUUUCAUGUCGAUUUUUUUUUUCUGUUCAUUUGGAUUCAUUUUUAAAAAGAAAAUCCAGCCUUGCAUUUCUCAUUUGCACAUCUGAUAACGUGGCCCUCGGCUUUGAGUACAUUGUGGUGUAGUAAUAAGUUUAUACAUCAACUUCAGUAGAUUAACUGGUUCCCCGGUACCUCACGACGUCCACAGGUUUAAAAAAACAGAUUAAUUCAAGUUGCAAAUUGUCUUUGAAGACGUUAUUUGCUCCUCACAGACCCGGAGCUCCUUUUUUUUUGUUUUUUGUUUUGUCCCCUGAUCUUCCCAACAGGCAGUUAUUGUUACGGUCCACUUUGUCAUGUAUUUAUAUCGAAAAGGGCAAAAAGUUUAAAUGUUUGUUGAAAAUUUACGAGUGCCUCUCUGGCCAAAAUGGGUUUGAACCUCUGAUUGCCUUGUGAAGAGCCUGAACGCUGGGGUGUUUGAGCUUCUCUCGUUAUUUAAAACAUAAAAACAAACAAAAAAAAAGCCAAACAAAACAGGAAAAGAAAUAAAAACACUCCCUCCCUCCCCAGGAACUGUUAAGAAAAGCCCCCCGUGCAUCAGUGCAACCAAAUUUAAUGUUUUAUUUUUCACCUGGAUUUUUGUCACCAUUACUUCAUUGCUCUUCGUUCAUGUAAGAAAAAA